CCGAAAAACUUAACCACGGUUCUUCGUUCCCAGGGUUCCGUGAGAGCCGUUUGCCCCACCCCACCUCUUCAACGCUAUCUAUCUCAAUGUACAAUUCUCAGAGAAAAGGGGGGACAAAAAUAAUUCAGAGUAAUACUGCAAAGAAACGUUUUUUUAUUCCCCCGACCGGUUCAUCGGAGCAGACGCGGCUUCUCGGCGGUAAAGUUAAGUGUCUCGCCGUUGGAUCAGUGAUUGAAAACACCGCGGUAUGUUCAUGUAUCAUGCACAUGUAACCAUAAUCUACCAUACGGAUUCAAAGUGAAUACGAAAAGGUUAGAGACUUGACAGCGGGCUGUACCUGCGCCAAACGUGAAAAUAACGAAGGAUUUUCCCUAAUAUCAUCUGGAAAUUGCAUUAUAUUCAAGGACAUCCAACGGCAAAAAACGCCUUUGCUCGCCCGGGGAAGCUUUCCGAUGUGAGGAGAAAUACAAAUUAACGUUACAGAGAGAAAAGGACGGAGAAGGGGCCUUUUUUAGGUCUGGUCAAACCCUCCGAAAAGGCAAGCACCAGCAUCUGUUGACGGAGAGAGGAAAUAAUUUUGACAUCGACUAAAAACAGGAUAUUAUUGAUAAAGUUCCUAACAUCAACGACGACAUUACCCCAAAACCCUGUAGCCUAUAAUGUGACGGAUUUGUGACAGAGAAAGAAGCCCCGGUGUAGCCUGAUGAUUCACAUGCCGUCAUUUUAAGAGGAAAUAUUUAUUUUUUAAUUUUUUUCACCCGCCCUCUGAUGUCCUUUGGUUAAGCGGAGAAAGGAUCACCAACAACCUUUACAAAUAAUAACCCAGCAUAUAUAUUUAAAGAGGAUAAAGGGUCAAGAAAAAUAGGGGCUUGGUUGAAAGUGGGAAUGAAUUGAAUGGAAGUGUGAGAUAUCUGCCGAAGAUGGGCUCCGGAGGAGACAUUUGCUAAGAAAAUUCAACCGAAUAGCUAUAUAUAUAUAUUUUUAAGACCCAGCCUUUGAUUUUAAAACACAUUUGAGGAAACAGGACUGCCGACAUCCAUUCCUGAGCAUUGCAAGGUUGGAAAUUUAGCAUCCACUCUCAUAUCAAUGUUGAUGACUUCACUGCGGAUUUACACAGGAAUCAAGCGUCUGAGAGGGCGGUAUCGUUGCUCUACUCCUUUCUGACUGAUCUCUUGUUGAUAAAUUGGCAGUACAUAGCUACAUCCAUCCAUCCAUCCAUAGUCGCACCAAGCCUGGUGGGGCCCACCGUCUACUACCUGACAGGUUUACAUCUGUUUCAUCUGCAUCUGGCCACACAAAUGUCACCCAUUUUGAGCCAGGUGUUCCUCUGCUGGGCCAGUCUAGGAAUUUAGGAUUGAUUGAUUUUCUUCUGAUCAACACCCUCUCUCCUUCCUCCUACCCUGCACCCACCCACCGAACCAACAACCCUGCUUCCCCCUGAACCUAUCACUAGGUUGUUGGGAAGAUGGGCUGUCUUGGCAAUAGUAAGACUGAAGACCAACGAAAUGAGGAGAAGGCACAGAGGGAAGCCAACAAAAAGAUAGAGAAGCAGCUCCAAAAAGACAAACAGAUAUAUCGAGCGACUCACCGGCUACUACUGUUAGGGGCUGGUGAAUCCGGGAAAAGCACGAUAGUCAAACAGAUGCGAAUAUUGCAUGUUAAUGGCUUCAACGCAGAGGAGAAAAAACAGAAAAUUCAUGAUAUUAAAAACAACAUUAAAGAAGCUAUAGAGACGAUUGUGGCCGCCAUGAGUACACUCACACCACCAUGCCAGUUAGCCUGUCCUGCAAACCAAUACCGGAUCGAUUAUGUCCUGAACCAAGUAAACCAGAAGGAUUUUGAGUUUCCUUCAGAGUUUUAUGACCAUGCAAAGAUCCUUUGGCAGGAUGAGGGUGUGCGGGCCUGCUGGGAACGGUCCAAUGAAUAUCAGCUAAUCGACUGCGCACAGUACUUCUUAGACAGGAUUGAUGUGGUCCGGCAGAAUGAUUACACACCCACUGAUCAGGACCUUUUGAGAUGCAGAGUACUGACAUCUGGGAUCUUCGAGACAAGAUUUCAAAUAGACAAAGUCAAUUUCCAUAUGUUCGAUGUUGGAGGUCAGAGAGAUGAACGAAGAAAAUGGAUCCAGUGUUUUAACGAUGUGACAGCUAUCAUCUUCGUGGUGGCGAGUAGCAGUUACAACAUGGUGAUCAGAGAAGACAAUCAGACCAACAGGCUACAGGAGGCCCUCAACCUUUUCAAAAACAUUUGGAACAACAGGUGGUUACGGACCAUUUCUGUAAUCCUCUUCCUGAACAAACAGGACCUGCUUGCUGAGAAGGUUUUGGCAGGGAAAUCUAAAAUUGAGGAGUAUUUCCCAGAGUUUGCACGCUACACUACACCUGAUGAUGCAAUACCAGAGUCAGGUGAAGAUCCCCGCGUUACAAGGGCAAAGUACUUCAUUCGGGACGAGUUUCUGAGGAUCAGCACAGCCAGCGGGGAUGGACGGCAUUACUGUUACCCCCACUUUACCUGCGCGGUUGACACAGAAAACAUCCGCCGUGUCUUCAAUGACUGUCGCGACAUCAUACAGAGGAUGCACCUGAGACAGUAUGAGCUCUUGUGAUGGGCAGCGGCAUCCGCCCUACUUAUCUACCUACCUAUCUACCCCCCACAACCAGUUAGCAAAUCAUCCCCUCCACUUCCACCAACUUUACUAAACAACUGAGCGAGCGACAGACCGCUUGCCCUCCCCUCCACCCUGACACAACCUCUCCUGGUAACACAUUUUCAGAAAAACAAAACAGUGAAAAGACCUUUUUAUAAAAAAGAAGAAACACAGUUAAGGAUACAUCAACAACAGUUUCAUUAACUAUUAGCCAAGGCCAACUGCUGUAUUCGGCUCCACUUUCAACCCAGGAAGGAGGGUCAAGACUGGAAUCUCUCAGUGCAGGCUGUCCCUCCUUUUAGCUCUCUUUUUCUCUCUCUCUCAGAUAUAUGAACACACACAGGUACACACACUUUACAGCAUAAGACAUUCAGAACCUUUAGAUCGGUUUUAAUGUCUCAUAUCACAGUCACAGACCCUUUUAAAACAAAGUCCUGCUUUCAGCAGUUGGCAGAGGCUGGGUUAAAUAAUGCAUCCUGAGACAGAGCUAGUUUAUUCACCGCGUGCUGAGGAUGAACCAGGAGCAAGAGAAGAAAGAAAAAGAUGGAUGUGGAGGGUGGCAAAGCGAUACAGUGGAGGGCUGUCAGCCUUUUUUGUGCCGGACAACGGACUAAUUGACUAGCGACUGCCUGUGGACGCGAGCGUGGCUCAAACGUAAGACUACACGACUCACAUGACCUGUUCUUCAAGAAACCAGACAAGGAGGGAUGGCAGAAAACAACAAAAAAAGAAAAAUACCAUACAGUGCAUAAAUUCAUUCAUACCAGUGAACUUCAUGCAGUGCAAAAAAUCCAAGCUAUAUAUAUAGAUAUUUAU